AUGCGGUCCGUGAAGCAGCGGAUGGCUAUGGCGUCCCUGGCGAGCCAGUUCACGGUGAGCAAGGACCAGCUCACGCAGCUGAUGAUGUACAUGCUCCACGAGAUGAUCGAGGGGCUCGAGGGCCGCGAAAGCACAGUUCGCAUGCUCCCGUCGUACGUCUACAAGGCGAAGCCGAAAACCGCGACAGGCGCUUUCUACGCACUUGACCUUGGUGGCACGAAUUUCCGCGUGCUGCGCGUUGUGUGCAAAGAGGGCAAGGUCGUGGGCCGCGUGGACUCCAGCUUUGUGAUCCCGCAGCAGGCGCUUCAAGGCGGUGCGACUGACCUCUUCGACUUCAUUGCCAACAGCGUGAAGACGAUGAUGCAGCAGAAGGCACCGGAAGAUUUGAACCGCACAGUGCCACUCGGCUUCACGUUCAGCUUCCCCACUGACCAGAAGAGCGUGAACCGCGGGCUGCUGAUCAAGUGGACCAAGGGCUUCUCGACGAAGGGUGUGGAGGGCAAGGAUGUGGUGGAACUCCUGCAGACGUCGUUGAAGCGCGUGAACGUGAAGGUGAAGGUGGUGGCGCUGUGCAACGACACCGUCGGAACGCUGGUGACGCGCUACUUUGAAGACCCCGACACGCAGGUCGGUGUCAUCAUUGGCACCGGCUCCAACGCGUGCUACUUUGAGAAGGCCUCUGCGGUGACGAAGGACCCCGCCGUGGCCGCCCGUGGCGAGACGCAGACACCCAUCAACAUGGAGUGCGGGAACUUCGACUCCAAGUACAAGUUUGUGCUGCCCAUCACUGCCUACGACGAGGCGAUGGACGCCAUCACACUGAACCAUGGCUUCCAGGCGCAGGAGAAGAUCGUGUCCGGCAUGUACCUUGGUGAGAUUGCCCGCCGCAUGAUUGUGCACUUGGCGCAGCUGCACUGCCUGCCCUCUGCCCUCGUGAAUGCGAUGAAGAAGCCGUGGAGCUUCGAGGCGAAGUUCAUGGGCAUGGUCGCGGCGGACCGCAUGCCCGGUCUGCAGUUCACGCGUGGUGUGAUCCGCAAGCUGUUCAACGUUGAUGUGAAGAAGACGAAGGACCUGCACGUGAUCUGUGAGGUGUGCCGCCUGGUGCGCGGACGCGCGGCGCAGGUCAGCGCCAUGUUCUGCAGCGCUCCGCUCGUGAAGACGCACACGCAAGGCCGUGCGACGGUUGCCAUAGAUGGGUCUGUUUUUGAGAAGCUGCCGUCGUUCCGCCGCCUGCUCCAGGACAACAUAAACACCAUUCUGGGCCCUGAGUGCGACGUGCGGGCGACCCUCGCGAAGGACGGCAGUGGCAUCGGUGCCGCCUUCAUCUCCGCGCUGGUCGUCAACGACAAGUAA